CUAACAGUAGCAGCCGUGCCGCAGUCUUACGUUUCUGGUAUGUCUUCCUCUUCGACAAUUGUGAGUGGUUCUCUCAGCGUCGGGCAGCAGGAGCUGGAGGAAAACGAGGAAAUUUCAAAGAACAGAAGAAACCCAAAAGUCGCGCUAGCGUUUGAGGAAGUGCUGGACUCCAUCGGGUCCAGAGGAAAAUUUCAGACGAGGCUCAACAUAGUCUUCAAUUGCUUCGGCCCAUGUUUCAAUAUGAUGAGUGUAAAUGUUUUCUUUCUCGCAAUGCAGACGCCUGAUCACUGGUGCCAUGUUCCUGGCAGAGAACAUGCCAACGUAUCGCUGGAGGAAUGGAAGAAUUUUACAAUUCCGAGGGCAGGCAAUUCGUUCAGCAAGUGCCUGAUGUACAACCAGAGCGAUGCCGUGAACUGGAGCAGUGCUGAACCAAUCAAGUGUCAGCACGGCUGGGACUAUGACGAAACGUGGUUCUCGCUGACGGUUCCUUCGCAGAUGAACUGGGUCUGCGACAACCAGCAGCCAGCAAAGGAUGUCCUGUUCUACGCACAAAAUAUCGGAGUGGCUAUGAGCCUGCUGUUCGGGUACAUAGGCGACAUGUACGGACGGCGGCCGCUGCAGCUCUUCUGUUUGGUUACCCACGUGAUCAGCAGACUGCUGCUGGUCCUCACGCCAGACAUCCUGGUGCUCUUCAUCCUGGCAGAGUCCCUCGUAUCAGCAGCGGCCGGACCUAUGCUUGAAUCCGCCCUCUCUGUUGGUUUGGAACUGGCAGACAUCAGACAUCGUACGACCCUGAACUAUUUCUCAAGCUGUUUCUUGGGAGUCGGCUUUAUGGCAGCUGGCUUCUUAAGUUGGCUCCUGCGCAACUGGAAUUACUUUAUGUAUUGUACAGCAGCGCUUUUCUUUGCGCUAAUUUUAUUUUCCAGGUGGUUCCCGGAGUCACCUCGGUGGCUGGCGUGCAAAGGUCGCGAGGAGGAUGCCCUGAGGCAGUUGCGCCGUAUCGCCGCCACCAACGGCGGGCAGCUGCCUCCCUUCACUCCAGGGGUGAUGCGGACAGUGGCCAAGGCCCAGAGGGAUAGGAAGGGCUUCCUCAGCCUCUUCUCCAGCUGGAACGUCUUCAAGAAUACGGUGCUGCUCAUCACUGCAAGGUCUGCGCACCUACUGACACAGUUCUCGCUGGUGUUGCUCGCUGGCGGUGUGGGCGUGAAUCCCUUCCUGACGGUGGUGGCGCAGGGCGCUGUCCAGCUUCCCUCGGGCUGUGUCGUCCACGUCUGCGCGGCGCGCUUCGGCCGCCGCUGGACCGCUGUGGGCUGUGCUCUGCUGGCAGGAGUCACCUGCGCAGCCACCUUCUGUAUGCUGAGGGCUGGCAUCAUUGGACUGGCGAUCACGGUGAUGGCGGUGAUAACGCAGUUCUUCACGACAGGCACAAUCACCAUGGCCAACCUGCAGAGCGUGGAGGUGCAUCCUACAUGCCUGCGACAGAUCGCAGCCUGCGUCGAGUGGGCCGUAGCUGGCGUCGUAAUGUCUGCCGUGCCAUACGUGUCCCUCAUGAGUGAUAGACGGACGCCCUACGCCAUUCUCGCAGCUCUAAACUUGGGGACAGCGUUCGCAAUAUCGUUCCUUCCGGAAUCUGCUUUGCAGAGGCUACCGGAAUCAUUACAGGAUGCUGCCGUCUUCGGCAGAGACCAGAAGUAUUGGAGCUGGAAGCCAAAACCACCUCCAGAGUAUCCAAUGAAGUAAAAGCAUUUAGAGAGUUCGUUUAACGAUCCAGUCGUUUAUAUACAUAUUCUGAAAGAAAGGUGCAAAUUUGUACGCUGUUUGUUGGCAUAUCUAAAGACUACGCCAAUAUAGUAGGAGAAUGUGACUCUUCAUCGAUACUUUUCGAAUAAAAGAGAUGACAGUUGACUCCAGGGCUAAAUGAUUCCUUAAAGGUGUCACGAAAUAUUUUUCAGACUGUACAGAUGCUAGAUAAUUUCACGUAAUAAA